UUGCUGUCGUCGUCAUCGUCGCGACACGUAGUACGUCGCCGUCGUUGUCAUCGUCCUCCUCGUCACCCACGUCGUCGUCGUCGUCGUCGUCGUGCUGCAACACUUGUCCAGGCCGCGCGUACUUCGUAGUCAGCGACUCGCACUGACGUUUGACAUUUUCGGAUCGUCAGCAAACAUCAGGAACGUAUCGCGCGUGCGGAGUAGAGAAAGCAGAGAGUAGGAAGAGAGAAAGGGACGGCGUGAGAAGCGCGAAAGGAAAGAGCAAGUGAGAGAAAGCGGCAGCGCGCGCGAAUCCGAGAGGGAAAAGAAGAAAAAAAAAAACGGAUCUCGUGUGAUCGGGGAAAGCUGAUUAUGAGUUGGAACCGUGGUGCAGCGACGGAUCAGCAAAGCGCACCCGAGCCGGCUGACGUGUGAGAGGAAGAGAGAGAGAGAGAGAGAGAGAGAGAGAGCGAUCGUUAUUUUUCCCAUUCGUGAUAAACUCGCACGGAUCGUACCGUACGAUCGUCGUCCGUGCGUGCGCGGAUCGUGCUUUCGCGAAAAUCACACGCGUCGGGAUUUUACAGUAAAGUGAGAGCCGACGAGGAUACUCUUUUUUUUUUUCCGGAGCAGUGGUGUUUGACGUAGAAUAUCUCGUAAGUGCCCGGCGCGGAAGUUUCACCUUGUGUUAUCCAGUGGCAUCCAGAAGGCGAUUUCGAGACGACGCAACGUGAGAGCGAGGGAAAGAGAGAGAGAGAGAGAGAGAGAGAUAAAAAGAAAAAAAAAAAGAAUCCGCAUCUUUUCGCGCCAAGGUGACCGACAUCACGGCGUCUGAAUCCUUCGCGUGUUCCGGAGCAAGAACAGCAGGAACCGGAGUUCGACCGCGCGGGAGGAGCCAGCAGUGCGCCGAAUAAAUGACGUAAAUCCGAGGAACGGAAGCGCAACGUCACUCGCUAACUCGCAAUCCUCUCCUUCCCUCCCCCCCUCCGGUCCCCCUCCCUGUCCUCCCUGCCCCCUGGCAACCCCCCUUCCCUCUCUCUGUCUCGCCGUUUCCGCGCCUCUGCCCCCUUCUGUGUCACCCCAGGAGAACCCUCUCUCUUUCCCUGUUCGGGUCCGACCCCGCGACACGACCCGAAGAACCUGAGGCGCGACCCAGCCGCUGGACCUUUGCCCUCUCUUGUCGCCUGUACGCCCGCUUUGUCGCCCGCCGUCUUCACGUGCUUACAACACUACAACCCAUUUACCGCUCCUACUCAUCGUUGUCUCCGUUACCGUUCUCUUCGCACGCUUCUUCGGCGCCUACCUCCAGCCGUCGCUACCUCAUCCGCUACCAGCAUCCCGUUCCUGUCCACGGAAUUUCGAAAUAACCGACUCGCGCGUUGCUGUUCCUCUCGGUCACGGCAGGACGGCACGUAAGGGUUUCCUCCACCUUUCCACGCGCACGGAGCGGCCCUUCUCUCUCCCCUCUCCAUCUUCUGCUUCAUCAGCAGCACCGGCAGACCGCCGUGGUGAACGAACAACACAAUCCUGCACCAGCUCCUCCGCUAUAUACGACUACCACCAUCGCCCUGUACCCCUUCCAGUAGACUCGCCGCCGCGAGACACACGCGUUGGUUUGAAACCGGCUUGAAGGACGUCACGACCGGCUUUUCGAAACACGCAUACGUAGACGAAUACAUACACAUAUACACACGUGCGAUCCAGUACCACCCUCAGCGGCGACCAACUGCCUGUGUGUGCAUAAAGGAAGGGAGAUACUUGUGCAAAAGCGCGCGCGUCUAGAGAGCACGCUCUUCUUGGUCGACGUUUAGCUUCGAAGGCUUUCAAGCUUUGCUCGACUACUAUUCUACUACUACCAUCACUACCACUACUAUUACUACUGCUACUACUAUCACCACUAUUACUACUACUACUACGCCCAGACUACAGCUUCUCAAGUACGGUGCGCUGCAAGGAGGACAGAGGAAAUAUAGUGAAUAAGGAGUCGAUAGAUGAGAUCGACGACCUACGACGCCGCCUUAUCACGAAGCCAGGAGUAGCGCCAUCCCGCCUAAAAUCGACCGGUGCCUAAUCGCUGUCGAUAUAUAUAUAGCUUCAUCUUUUUCGCUUCUUCUCUUUUCCCCGGUGAGAUAUCUCUCCGCAUCCUGUCCCUCUCUCUCGCCUGUGUACAUUUAGCUUUUACGCCUUCCCGGAGAGAUUAUCUCGUGUGAGAAACGCGCGCACCAUCAAAACACGGCCUACGAGAUUAAAGAAUUUCGCAGAGUCGCGAAUCACAUCGACAACAACGCCUAAGCCGGCCGUGUUUCUUCGAUUAAUACUCGCCACGGGAUCCGAUAUCAGGCAAGAGAGAAAGAACGGCGAUAAGCCACGCUCGAAACAGCCGACGUCGCUGAUAAACGCGAAUCUUCGUCAGACGGUUCGACAUAUCGCGCAACGACAACGACGACGUGAGCCAAGCGUGAUUUCGAGGUGAGGAAGAACGAAAUCGCGCGGUGAUUUCCCACGCGGAAGAUCUACGCACAGGAAGACAGACGCGGGUCAUCGUGUAGAUGGGACACUAAGAUCAUCACAUCGCGCUUAAACGAGAGAUCUUCUGCCGUAAGGUAUAUAGCACACAAGUAGUUACAUGACUCCGAGGCACACGCGGGAUUUCGCAUAUAGUGUGUUUGUGUGUGAAUGGUAGAGGAAGGUGAGAGGGAGAGAAAGGGAGAGAGAGAGAGAGAGAGAGAGAGAGAGGAAGGGGUGAGCGUGUGUGUGAGAGAGAGAGAGAGAGAGAACGAAGCGAAAGUGGUGGAACGAAAGGGUUCAGUACCGGACUUGGCGAAAUCCCGUGAACAAGUGCCGACGAGUUCGUGUCGCGAGGUGGUGUCGUAUACUCCAUAAACCGAAACGUCUAUAUCCUUGGUAAGAUCAGUCGACGCGUGUGCACGCGACCGGAGAAAAGGAGCCGAUCAUCACGAGCAAGAGUUUAGAACGGCAAAGAGAGAGAGAGAGAGAGAGAGAGAAAGAAAAAGAAAAAGAGAGAGAGAGGAUAGUCCGGGGGGUUACUACUCUCUCACGGUAGAGGCCAACGGACGGCGGGGACUCUCGGUCUUCCAGGAGUGGAAGAAUGGCAAUGGUCAGCAUGAAUAACCUACUGAACGGCAAGGACUCGCGGUGGCUGCAACUGGAGGUUUGCAGGGAGUUCCAGCGCAACAAGUGCACCAGACCCGACACGGAGUGCAAGUUCGCCCAUCCGCCGGCUAACGUCGAGGUGCAGAACGGACGGGUGACCGCCUGCUACGACAGUAUCAAGGGUCGGUGUAAUCGAGAGAAGCCACCUUGCAAGUAUUUUCAUCCCCCACAGCAUCUGAAGGACCAACUCUUGAUAAACGGGCGCAAUCACUUAGCGCUGAAAAACGCACUGAUGCAGCAGAUUCAGCAGGGCCUUACGCCGGGUCAGACUCUUGUGCCCGGGCAGGUACCCGCAGUGGAGGCAUCGGCACCUCCGGCACCACACCAUCACCUUCAACAGCAAAUCCAGCAGCAACUUCUCGCUACCCACGCCUUUAUGGCGACGAAUCCGUACCUGACCGGUAUGCCGCAGGUUAGCAAUACGUACAGCCCGUACUUCGCGCCCAGCCCGAUAAUGCCGGCGAUAAUGGGCCCGGCGGACCCAACGGGCGUCGGCAGUCCGCUCGGCGUGGUACCGCAGACAGUGGCGAUGCCGCAGAAGAUGCCACGUACCGACCGCCUCGAGGUAUGUCGCGAGUUUCAACGCGGGGCGUGCAAACGCGGCGAGACGGAGUGCCGGUUUGCGCACCCCCUCGAGACGGUGCAGGCGAACGAGGACGGCUCUGUGACGGUCUGCAUGGACGCUGUCAAGGGCCGAUGCAAUCGGGACCCCUGCCGCUAUUUCCACCCCCCUCUGCACCUUCAAGCCCACAUUAAGGCCGCACAAUCUCGGGCUAGCAUUGCGACGGCGACGAUGCCGACGAACGUGACGGGAAUGAGUACGUUGGCUGGCGGAGUAUCAGGAGUGCCGGCAGCUGCGAUGCCCGGAGGACUUCAGAGCGCCGGUAUGGCGAGCAUCGAGCUCGGCAAGAAGCGGAUGCGCGACUCCAAUGAUGAUCUGCUAAUGAUGGACAUGAAGUCUGUCGGGUCGUUCUACUACGAGAACUUUGCCUUCCCAGGGAUGGUUCCGUAUAAACGACCGGCGGCCGACAAGUCCGGCGUGCCGGUCUAUCAGCCUACCGGUGCGACGACCUAUCAACAGUUAAUGCAGCUGCAGCAGCCCUUCGUGCCUGUGUCAUGUGAGUACACUGGAACACCACCCCUACCCACUCAAACCUCUAACCAAUCGGUCGUGCAACCCCCGAACGUGCAAAGCAACCACCACGCGAUGGUGGUGCAAUCCUCCUCCUCCCAGGGAGCCGCUGGCGCAACAGUCAAUAACUGCGCCGACGCCAACAAUGGCGUGCUGAUGGAUCCCAACAAUCCGCCGCCGCCACCUCCGACCGCUGACAAUAACAGUAACAAUAGUAACGGCAAUAACAAGCAACCGGUUACUACGCAGAAUCAUGAUGAAAAUUCGCGUAACUCCCCCGAAUUGAAUCAUUCGAGCCCGUCGUCCUUGCAGCAACAGCAACAACAACAACAACAGCAACAGGUAUCGCAACAACACCAACAGCAACAGCAACAAAUUAACCAGUUGGCGCUGUCACCAGCGAUGAGUCCGUUAACUUCUAUGGCCGGCCUGACCUCAAUGCCUGGCAUGGUGAACAUGGCCUCGAUGGCUUCUAUGGCCUCCAUGGCAAAUAUGUCAUCGAUAACGAACAUCACCUCUGUGGGCAAUUAUAACACUGCUUCCAAUAUGGCGGGCCUAAACGUUCUCAAUAGCCUCGGAAUGGCCUCCGGGUUACCAGCCCCUCUCGAUCCAGCGACUCUCGCCAAAGAAGUCGCCCAGAAAAAUUAUGCUAAAGCCCUUAAGCUCUCGCAAGUCUCGCAAUCUUACGGCAUUGGUCAGCUCGCACUUAAUUACACCGGCGUCGCUCUGAACAAACAAAAUCUCAUGAAUCCCGCCGCGGCGGCCGCCGGGAAUCCCGCGAUGGCAGCAGCCAAUCUGCAAGCCACCGCGGCGACUCCCAGACCUGUCAUCUCGGGUCUGGCCGGUAUCCCAGGCGCCUUGACCUCACCGCUGUCCGCGGGUAUCUUAGCGUAUUCCAGACCGCCACCCACAGCGACCCCCAUAAAUCCAUAUUCUCUGAUCAGACAGCAGAUCUUGCCGAAUCCAUAUGUCCAGGCGUCGAUACCAACUGUACCCGGCGCCGCGACCGUACAAACCAAUCCCUAUGUCCAGAAUCCAUACGCUGUUCUACCUGCAGUAGCCAGUGUACCCGGAGUAGCGGCAGGCGUCGCGGCCGCAGCUGCAGCCGCAGGUGUACCGCAGAUACCGCAGAUAGGCAACCCGGCGACAAUAGCGGCGCAGCCGCAGGUUGCGAUCCCCGUCAGCUCUGGGGUGAUCAUGCAACCGUACAAGAAGAUGAAGACGUCAUAAAAACAUCCUUACCUACCAGCUCGGGAAGACUCGUCUCAUCUCACAAAAGUGCCGUUCCUUCCUUCAGGCACCUUCCAUUCUCUCCCUCGCGACGAACGAACGAACGAUUCCGCGAUAGUCACUGCGAAUGAUGAUUGCUGCUACAGAUCACGGUAGUGGUAUUUUAGAUAAUUAUAGAGUAUCUUUACGAUUAGCGUUCAAUUGCGGGGAUGAAUUAUGAACCGUAAAAAUUAUUACGUUCUGAAUAGAUUUUCGCAAUUGUAUUUUUGUAGUUUUGUAGUUUCAGUCCGAAAUGUAAACGCGUUUA